UAGGGUGACUUCCAGGGCAAUCACCGUUUCCCCGCCCCAGAAAAGAGGCGGGGAUGAGCCGGGACCCGCGGUCUGAGCUGGGAAAAUGGGCCAGCGAGCCAGGCCAGCCUUUAUCCUCCUGGUGCUUUUGCAGACCUUGGUCGUGCAGGGGCGACUGCUGCGUUCUCACUCACUGCACUACCUCUUCAUGGGUGUCUCAGAGCGAGACUUUGGUCCUUCCUUGUUUGAGGCUUUAGGCUAUGUGGAUGACCAGUUGUUUGUGUCCUAUGAUCAUGAGAGUCGCCGAGUAGAGCCCCGAGCCCCGUGGGUCUGCACUAGAACCUCAAGCCAACUGUGGCUUCAGCUAAGUCAAAUCCUGAAAGGAUGGGAUCACAUGUUCAUUGUUGACUUCUGGACUAUCAUGGACAACUAUAACCACAGCAAGGAGUCCCACACCCUGCAGGUGAUCCUGGGCUGUGAGAUGCAGGAGGACAACAGUACCAGGGGCUUCUGGAAGUAUGGGUACGAUGGGCAGGAUCACCUUGAAUUCUGCCCUGAGGCACUGAACUGGAGAGCAUCAGACUCUGGGGCUCAGGCCACCAAGCUGGAGUGGGAAGUGCACGAUAUUCGGGCCAAGCAGAACAGAGCGUACUUGGAGAGGGACUGCCCUGAGCACCUACAGCAGUUGCUGGAGCUGGGGAGAGGUGCUCUGGACCAGCAAGUGCCUCCUUUGGUGAAGGUGACUCAUCGCAUGACUUCUGCAGUGACCAUUCUACAGUGUCAGGCUUUGAACUUCUAUCCCCAGAACAUCACCAUGAAGUGGCUAAGAGACAAGCAACCACUGGAUGCCAAGGAGGUUGAGUCUAAGGAUGUGCUGCCCAAUGGAGAUGGGACCUACCAGAGCCGGGUAGCUUUGGCUGUGACUCCUGGGGAAGAGCAGAGAUACACCUGCCAGGUGGAACACCCAGGCCUGGAUCAGCCCCUCACUGCCACUUGGGAGCCCUUACCAUCUGACACCCUGGUCAUUGGAGUUAUCAGUGGGAUUGCUGUUUGCGUCAUUAUCUUCUUUACUGGAGUUUUGUUCAGAAUCUUAAGGAAGAGGCACUCUUCAAGAGAAGCUAUGGGGGACUACGUGUUAGCUGAAAGUGAAUGAUGCGCAUCCUACAGACAUCUUGUAGAGUGGAGACAGAACUAGAGACUCAAAGAGGGGCCAUACUUGUGGAGCUCUUCAUGUUCAGGACAGAGUUGGACCCAACAGACAGAAACUGCCUGAAGAACUCUCUGCUUCUAGCCUUCCCAAUUUACUUUCUCAAAAAGAUUUCCCCAUUUAGGUUUUUGAGUUCCUGCAUGCUAGUGACUGCAGCUGUGAGCUCGCCCCAGAGCUAUUUCUCAUGAAUCUGGAUCUAAAGGCUUCCUUCAUUUCUCUGUCACCACAGAGACUAUACAUAUAUGUCACCUCAUCUCCUAACUCUGGAAGAAUGCUGCUUAAAUCUGAGGACUCACAAUUCAUUUUAACAUAUAAAAACAUGGGAGAAAGGCUUGUGAACUUCACCCUGGAACAUGCACACUCAGAUCCUUCAGUGAAUUUUUCAUACAUAUCCAGGCGUUUCCUGAAACCACUCAACUUUCCUUUGAAUCCUUUCUCUCCGUUAUCUAGUAACUCUGUCACCAAGCCCCAGGAAUUCUUCCAUAUGAGUAUGAUCUGGGUCAAUAUACAACUGGGAAGACUGCACUGUGCAACUAGUUAGGCACCUUUCUCAGAACAGGCAUCAUGGAUGUUUGUAUCUAUCUUAAUGGAGUUUUUCCGCAGGCAAAACAAAAGUGUUCUGAAGGGUGCUGGGAAGAGGUAUCUUUUCCUAAUUUGCACAGAGGUGUCAUACAGGUUUUUAAAGAUUAAUAGGGGGCGUCACUUGUGACUCAAUGGGUAGGGCACCGCCCUGUAUACCCAGGGUGGUGGAUUCCAACCCAGCCAAACUAAACAACAGCAACAACAAAAUAGCUGGACGUUGUGGAAGAAGGCUGCUUAAAUCUGACUUAAGUCUGUAGUCCCAGCUACUCAGGAGGCUGAGAAUCGCCUAAGCCCAGGAGUUGGAGGUUGCUGUGAGCUGUGACGCCAGGGCACUCUACCAAGGGUGAUAAAGUGAGAUUCUGUCUCUAAAAAUAAAUAAAUAAAUAAAAGAUUAAUGGGGCCUACAUUAGCAAUGCCUCUCUAGUAUGCAAGACAUAAAGUGCCACAGUAAUUUUCUAUCUGGUCUCUGCUGACCCUCUGUCUUUGUUCUGAUAAUGAAAAUCAUGAUAAAAAUGGUGGUAAUAAUGAUAAUGUGGCUAAUACUUAUUAAAAAUAAAAGAACUUACCUGGUGCCAGACUCUGUUCUAGGUACCUACUUACAUGCCCGAUAGCAUGGUAGGUAUUGUUAUGGCCAGUUUUUUCCUUUUCAUGAUAGAGAAACUGAAGUAAGAGUAUCUCACAGCUUGUCAGGGAUAGAGACAGGUUUCAAGUUCAGUCAGUCUUACUGUUUGAUACAUCUCACACCCCACUGCAUUCAGGUGGUUUAAAUGGGAGGAGUAAGCUUGAACCAAAUGAAGGGGAACAGCAGAAAAUGAGCUACUGAUCCUCAGCUGAUGUGUUUCCUUUCAAAGUUCCUGUGAGAAGGACUCAGAAUGUGAUUCCUUUUCUCCUCUGGUGCUCUCUCUGGCAUCUCUCUUUUUGGCCCCCAUACAAGGACUGUGUGGUUGGUGGGGACACUUCUGGCUGUACUCAGCUUCAGACAUAGUGUCCUCCCUUCUGUAAGUGUUUCCUGGAUAGUAUUUCCUCAGUGAACUGGAGCAACCUCUCUCAUUUUGAGAUAGUUAAAAUGGAAGUCACCAAAUGGCUUGGAGGGUGCCCAAGCAUCAUCUUCCUGGGGUCAUUGCAAUUCUGGUUCAUAUCUCCACUUGUACACAUACAAAAAAAUUCACCUAAGCCAGCACUCAGUAAUUGCUAGAUACUGGGAAAGAGAUCUGAGUAUAUUCAAAAGUCUGCAUAUAUCCCAACCAGAAUUUUUUGCCCAUAUCCAGGCAUUUCCUGGACACUGGUAUGCAUACACAUAUCUCCAGAUGGCAUAUAUUUACUGUAUGUUGGCUGAAUAGCUGUGAUAUAAGCACUUUGUCUUAUACUCAGGAGACCAAGUACAGUUCAUAAAUUUGUUUUGUAGGUAUUGAAUUUGAGUGAAGAAAUCUCAACCUUUUUAAAAAAUUCUUUUUUGGUUUUUCUGGUUGUGAAUGUUAUGUAGAUAAGAGCAAAAGUAAUUUGUGUUGAGUAUAGAAGAGUUGAAAAAUGUGUAAAAGUAAAGCUGUUAAUUAGCCAGUGAUAAGUCUGUUAACAUCUUGGAUAUUACCUGUUAGUUAUUGCUGCAUUAAGAUAUAUAAAGUUAACAAAUAGAUAUAUUUUAAAAAAUGUAUAAUUGUGUUGUAUGAAGGAUAAUGUCACUGAUGUUCUCAUCCAUUUCCUUAAAGUAUACAUUUUAAUCAUAU